AUGGACGCGCGUGCUCCUCUUCUUCGCACCACCAAAAACGCUCUCACAAGUCGUCUCUUGACAAAGUUUGCUGCUGACAACACCAAAUCUAGCCAACGUAUGCACGCCUCCUCUGCUACGACCAAGCCGAUGUUUAUGGGCCAAACAUCGCUACCUCAGCUACCAGUGCCUCCGCUGGAGCAAACGUUGUCUAAGUACUUGCGCUCCACCCUGCCGCUUCAGCCGUCAGAAGAGGCUGCUGCCUUUUCGAAGGCUGCGGUCGAGUCGGCUCUGAACGGAAAGGAUGCCGAGCUGGUCAAGUCGCUGCAGGAGCGCCUAGUCAAGCGUGCUACUGCUGAGGGCCGCGAGAGCUGGCUGUCAGACUGGUGGCUUUCGUACUCGUAUAUGUCAUACCGUGAUCCCGUCGUUCCAUUCUCGAGUUACUUUUAUCUACACAAAUCUGUGCCCAAGACAACCACUGGUGUUAGCCGCGGCGCACAACUGCUCAAAGCCAUGAUGGCUUUCCGUGAAAUGAUUGUUUCUGAGACCCUCUCCCCCGAAAAGACCAAGACUGGUUUCAUGUGCAUGUACCCGUACAAGUGGAUGUUUAACUCGUGCCGCAUUCCUGUGACCGGCGAGGAUGUGGCCAAGUCAUACGACCCCGCCACGCAUCAGCAUGUUGUUGUGAUCCGCAAUGGUCACUUCUUUAUUGUGGAUCUUGUCAACAAGUUGACUGGCAAGGAGCUUAGCGUGGCUGAGAUCGAGCUGCAGCUUCAGCGCAUCGUGGAGGACGAGCGCACUCAACAGGUCAACCCUGUCCCCAUCGGUUCAUUUACUGCUGCCAACAGAGACGAAUGGGUCAAAAAUCGCGAGACCUUGUUAGCGGGUGCCACUGGUGAGCACAACCGUAAGCUGCUGGAGCUAGUGGAGAGCGGUAUUAUUGUGUUGAAUCUGGACUCGACCUCUCCUGUGACCUUCCAAGAGCGUGGCGAGGCCGUGUAUGGCGGCGACGCUCGCAAUCGCUUCUUUGACAAGCAACAGAUCGUGGUCUUUGAAAAUGGCACGUCCGGCUUCAUUGGCGAGCACUCGAUGAUGGACGGCUCGCAGACACUUCGUAUGAACAACUUUAUCGUGAGUGCCCUUGCAGCCGGUAAGAUUGAGCUAGGUGGUCCUUCGUCCGGUUCGGUGUUGGAUGAGCCGCAGUACCUACCCUUUGAGGUAAGCGGUGAUUUAGCCAAGGCUUCAAAUGCUGCAAGCAAAGAUUUCAAGGCUCUCAUGGACGAUCAGGACAUGUCCGUAUUGGACUACACUACCUAUGGUAAGGAGGCCAUCAAAGGUUACAAGUGUUCUCCUGAUGCCUGGGCGCAGAUGUGUCUUCAGCUUGCCUUCUACAAGAUGUUUGGCCACCCUUGCGCUACUUAUGAGGCGGCUCAGACGCGUAAGUUCAAGCUUGGUCGCACGGAAACGAUCCGCAGUUGCAGCGUUGAGAGUCUGGCCUUUUGCCAAGCCAUGGAAAACCCGAGUGCCAGUGAUGCCGAGCGCCACAAAAAGUUCCAGGCUGCCGCUGUGCAGCACGUUAGCUACGCCAAGGAUGCUGCUGAUGGUGCGGGUGUGGAUCGUCACCUAUUUGGUCUCAAGCAGCUGCUUCCUAAGGGUCAAGAGCCACCUGCACUCUUCAAGGACCCAAUGAACGCCAAGAGUGGCACCUGGAUCCUAAGCACAUCACAAAUUAGUUCUGACGUCUUUGAUGCAUGGGGCUUUGGCGAGGUCACGCCUAAGGGCUUUGGUGUCGCUUAUGCCAUCAAGGAUCAUGCACUGACGUUCACGAUCAUGUGCCUGAAGAAGGAGCAUAGCGCUUCGCGUCUCACUCACUUCUUGAACGAAGCGUUUGAUGAAGUCCGUGCUAUGCAUGACCGUCUGAAGGUGGCGGCGCCUAAAUUGUAG